AUGGAAGAGAUGCAACACAAAAAUCCUAGAAACUCCACUUCAGUAAGUCACAAUGGCAACAGAUUUUUCACAUGCGAGAUAUGUGUAGAAACAGUCCCAAUGAAACGGAAAUUCAAGAACAUGGAGACGAAUGCAUGUUUGCAUCCUUAUUGUACUAAUUGUGUCGCCAAAUACAUCCAAGCAAAAUUAGUUGAGCACAACAUAUCUGAGAUAAAAUGUCCUAAUACUGACUGUAAUAUCUUAUUGGAUGCAUCAUUGUGCCAAUCAGCCCUCCCUAAAAAAGUUUUCGAAAACUGGUGUCGUGUUCUUUGUGGAUCAGCGGUACUUUUGGAUUCAUCUAAAGGUGGUUUAGCCCAUGGAAGAUCCUACUGCCCUUAUCGAGAUUGUUUGGAACUGGUUUUGAAUGAGUGUGUUACAGAUUCACACUCGAGCAAUAAUACUGGGAUUACAAAAUCAAACUGUCCUAAUUGCAAAAAACUCUUUUGUUUCCAGUGUAUGGUUCCAUGGAAGGAGAAUCAUCGAUGUAUUGGUAGAACUGAGACUGUAAUUGACAUUGAUAGUAAUGAUGUUUUGUUCAUUGAGAUUCUUAAACUCAAGAAGUGGAGACGAUGUCCAGCUUGCCACCAUUACGUUGAACGUAACGAGGGUUGUAGGUGGGUUACAUGCAGGUGUAGAAAACAAUUUUGUCACGACUGUGGCAGCGAUCCUUGUGUGUGCCAUAUCGGACGGGGGCUUUCACGUGGGGAGGUGCUAGUCCCUUAUGCUUAUGUGUUCAUGAUAUUAGUGACGAUUGCUAUACUUUUUUGGAUGGCAAGUCUAUAG